UAACCCUAAUAAGCUUCAAACAUGGCGUCGCCUGAGCCGCAACAAGACCGCGGUGAUCAUGAAGAACCAUUAAGGAGAGAAGAUGGAGAAACAAAGCCUGGUCCAAUUUCUUUCGGUUUUAGUAAAAAGAUCAAUAAAGCCAAAACUGAGAAAGCAGAAGAGCGAGAUUUUCUAACCGGUGUCGAGGGAAAGGAACUAAAAAGCACCAAGCCUGUGGAGAAACCUAAAGAGAUCAUCAUUCCUCUGAUCCAGAAGAACCGCUGGUACAGACACGAAGGGGUGAAGCAGGAGGAUGGGAAGGAAGCUCCAACAGGAGAGCAGCAGGACUCUGUGGAGUCUCAGGCUAUCAAAGAACUUAUUGAAGAAUCUCAGAAGCAGUUGGAGUGCUGGCAGAAUGGUCCUAAGAUCGACCCAAACCUGUCCAUCCCACUGCUCAUGCAGAACCAGGUGCCGCAGGGCUACGAGGAUGGAGAACACGUCAAAGUGGACCUCCGGCCCGAGUCGUCCACAGAGGCUGAUUAUGAGCAGGUUCCUGUGGAGGCGUAUGGACUCGCCAUGCUGAAAGGAAUGGGCUGGAAGCAGGGAGAGGGCAUCGGCCGCACGUUCAAACAAGACAUUAAACCUAUAGAACACCAGCUUAGACCCAAAGGCCUGGGUCUGGGAGCCGAUCGAUCUGCCAUUAAGGACCUGGAACCCUCAGGGCCCAAAAGACCCCCUAGACCUGGGGAACAGAGAGAUAAAGAUGACGAGGGCUUAGUGCUGGGCCCUGGAGGGUGUGUACUGGUCCAGACCGGGGCUCAUAAAGACCUCUAUGGGAAGAUAGAGGGGGUAGACACAGACAAUGCCAGAGUGGUGGUGAAGCUCGCCAUUGGAGGGAAAUCCGUUACCAUCAGCCAGUACUCCAUACGCCUGGUGCCUCAGAAAGAAUAUGAAAAAUACAGCAAAGACCUGAGCCGCCUCAGCAAAGCCCACAAGGAUAAAGAGAAGGAGAAAGAGCGGGAACGUGAAAAGGAGAGAGAGCGAGAGAAAGACAGAGCACGCGAGCAGCCGAGACGAGAAGAGAAGGCGAACGGGAAAGACGAACGGCGGAGAGAUCGGCACACAGAGAAAGAGAAGGAACGAGAGAGCGAUCGAGAGCGUGAGCAGAGGAAGAGGAAGCACAGGGAAACGGAUAUAGACAGAGAGAAACCUCCUCCCGUGAAGGAGCCUCGCUCUUCUCCAUCUUCCUGGCUCCAGAGAGACCUCCGUGUGCGCUUCAUAGACAAAACCUUUAAAGGAGGCAAAUACUACAACUCUAAGAUGAGAAUUGAGGACGUCCUCGCUCCUCAACUCUGUGUUUGUCGCACAGACGAAGGACGACUACUGGAUGACAUCAAACAGACGAUGCUUGAGACCAUUGUGCCCAAAGGUGAUGCAGACUCCAUCAUGGUGGUGCUGGGAGAACACAGAGGACAGGUGGGCCACAUUCUAAAGCGUGAUAAGGAGAAGUGCAGGGCCAUGGUGCAGCUGGAGCGCUUCGAGGAGAAGCUCUUCACUCUGGAUUACGACUCCAUCUGCCAUUACGUUGGAGAUCACUGACAAUCACCUCACGCAAAAACAGCCAGAUCCCCAGCAGCCACCGACACGACCGUGUCCACUCACCCCGGGGACGUUACCUACAGCCACAACUACCUUUAUUCACUCAGACAUGCUGCUUCACAUGGAUCAUGUGAACACUGUUGCCUCCUCUCCAUGAGUCUGAGAUGGUUUAAUGUGGUUAAAGCCCUGUGUUGUUGGCUGGAGAGACUGCAGAAAACGUGUCGGGUCAGAACCCGGAUAAGUCGGGGGUGUGGUUCGGGAUGUACUUCACUGUCCGCUGUACAUAAUGAUGUUCUCAUUUCGUAAAAAUACUGCUUGUAGUAGAUUUUUGUACAUGUGCCAUAAUUACUGCCAUAUCAGAUGUUUUUUAUAAUAAAUCUUGUAUUGGUCA